AUGUACAAUCGGCUGAUCAUUGCUCUCGAUUACUACCAGGAGACUCGCAAACGCAUUGCAUACGAAUACUUCCAGGAAGAUUACAAGAAUCGUGGGAUGAAAUUGGUCGCUGAUAGGGACGAUGUUCGCGAGAAUGAGAAACGACAAGUGGAAGUGCAGAACCACAGAAUGAAAGACUUCCGUCCGGCGAGAGACGACGACACGAUGGUUUGGUCUCUUCUAGCCAGCAAAAAUCUCCAAGAGUUAGUCAAAGAUAGGUCCAAACAUGCAGACUGGGGACGAUUGGAGCGGGAACCAGAGAUGCUGCCAUAUUAG